AUGGUCGGCGAACAAAUUGCCCCCGACUCGCGCGUGAGGAAGGUCCCGAACCGCCAGUCCCGCUCCUGCACCGUCUGCCGACUGCGCAAGGUCAAGGUCUGUCUCGUGCUCGGAUCCCCUGGUGCCCCGUCCGCCCCCAGACAAGCGCCCCCUCCCUCCCCCCGUUUGUCGCCCAGCGGCCAUGGAGCUAACGUCGAUCCCGCUGUCAGUGUGACCGCGUCAAGCCCUGUCAUGCGUGCUGCGCCCAUGGCUACCCCUCGAAAUGCUGAGGAGAUUCGGAACUUGCGAGCGGAGAUCCGAGAUCUUCGCGCGAGAAUAGACGAUAAGAAUGAUACGUACAAGGCGCAGGAUCUCCAGCGGCUGGAUCAGCUGGAGAGUUUGUUCGAGUCGAUUCGCGGCGCGCCCCUGCACAUUGUGGACCGCCUGGUCCGGGACAUUCGUGCCGCACAUGGUGGCCUAAAACAGGAUUUGACUCCGGUGGGACCAUGGGAGGGCCGAGAAGCUUACGAGCCGACGUCGUCAACCCUGCCGAUUCGCCGGCGGCUGUUGGCGAACAGUCCGGUUGGAAGCUCGAGUGACGACGCAGAAAAAGACGAGGACGAUGAUGACUGGGAACGUAUGUCUCCGGAUGGCACGUCGGACUCGUCAUCAUCGUCGAGUACCAUCACGAUUAUCAACUCGCAGCGGCCGGUGGUCGACGUUUUCGUGGAGCGCUUCCUCGACGCCUUUAGCCCGGAAGUAGACAGCAAGCAUGGUCGCGCAGGCGCUAUUCGAGCGGCAGCGGAGAUCCGAAUGUUCUCUCCGCUCAUCUCAGAUGCUUUCGAGGCUGUCUCGGUGGCCUUCUUUGGACGGUCAAUCCAGGAUAAGCGCAUCGAGGCAUCGGGGUUUCGACUUUAUCCUCGGGUCUUGCGCGGACUGCAAGACGCCCUAGUAGACCCGGAGAAGUCCAAGGCCGAGUCAACCCUAGUGACGGUCAUUCUACUCCUUGCUUUUGAGAGCGUGGAACGCACCGCCCUCACCGGUGUACCUGCCCACGUCCGUGGCGCAGUGCGCCUGAUUGAACAUCGUGGGCCUGAAAAUCACAUGUAUGGUGUUGAACACCUUCUGUUUACUGAACUCCGUCCAUACUGGAUUGGCGGGGCGUUGGCUGCCCGGACGCCUUCAUUUUUGGCUCGGGAGGAGUGGAAGACGAUACCGUGGUCCGCUGGGACGACCGAAAAGAACAUCUUACACCAUUUACUGGAUCUCGCUGUCGAUAUUCCGGGUCUACUGGCGCAAUCCGAUCUGUUCGAGAAAGAGCAGCGGUCCUCUGUGAUGGGUGCGCAUGAGAUGGCCGUCAAACAAGCUGCCCUGUGGAAUGGCAUAGCGGAACUCACUGCGAAAUUCCAUCAAUGGUAUGUCGACUGUGUCGAAAAUUCUCCCGAUGGGCCACCACAGGAGGAGGAGCAGACCUCUGAGCAAAAUUUCCCUGUCUUCAAUCGACGGGACCUCCGCACCGGCGCGGAGAUUCCCGCGACCAAGUUUGUCUAUCCAAACUUACUGCUUGCGCAAACCAUGUGCGUGUAUUACUCAAUGCGGCUCAUCUUGUCCUCGAUCGACACGCGCGUAGAAGACCGCGUCACGCCUACGGAGCAGUACGAGUUAGCUUGCGGAAUUUGCCAGUCAUUACAGUGGUAUAUUCAAACCGCGCCGGGAAACAUGAUUAAUCGGCUGGCCUUUCCAGUCCGGGUGGCGUGGGAGGCCUUUCCCGAUGGGGGACCCGAGCGCAGAUUUAUGAUGGAGGUGCUGCAGCUAGUCGAAAAGCGGCACUCGCUCGGUCUCUGGGGUACUGCGAUGCCCGAGUUAUCCACGCGCGCCAAAUCGCCGCUGAAUACCAGUUAA